AUGGCAUAUUUGCAAUUUUGGGCACAAUGUUUAAUCCAUUCCCAUUGGGUGAAUGGAUUUAAGAACAACUUCCAAAUUUCACACUGCGGAGACUCAAAGAUAUUUGUAAUAUUGUCAAGUUUAAUUGUUAUUUUGUUUAAUGCAGCAUCCAAAUCCAACCAAUUACCAGCAAAAGACUCUUCAGAAGAUUGUGAUGACGUAAUUGAUGCCAUUGAGGAACUAUAUAAAGACUUAUGUACCGUCAGCUGUUAUAGAAAAGAUUACUAUUGUAAUUUGGUUGUACAGAGAUACAUCAAACCAUUAUGUGUCUAUCGAAAUGCCCAGAAAGCUGCUAAAGCCCUUUUAGCCAAAAUAGGAUGCAAGCAGAUGAGUUAUCGUAAAAAACUUAUUUGUAAAACCAAGUCUAAAAAAGCUUGCGAAUUGGCAGAAGAAGUCGCAGAUUUUUGCGAAGCAGCUGAUCAAGAUUGUGACAAAAAACCAGCCGCUCCGAAUGCUGUAGCGCCCACAGGAAGAAAAACAGCAGCCAAGCCGACUGCUCCUGCAGCCCCAGCUGCUCCGACUGCUCCUUCAGCCCCAGCAGCUCCAACUGCUCCGGCUGCCCCAGCUGCUCCGGUAGCCCCAGCAGCUCCGACUGCUCCGGUAGCCCCAGCAGCUCCGACUGCUCCGGUAGCCCCAGCAGCUCCGACUACUCCGGCUACAACAACAACCACAGAGUCAAAAACAACAUUAAACCCGGGUCCCUUGGCAUCAGAUUUCAAAUGUGAUUCCUUUUAUGGCAAAUGCUAUCUCGCAGGAUGUCCUUCACAUUUAUCUGUAAUUGAUGCUUGUGAAACAAGCGGUUAUACUUGCUGUGAGUAUUCAUUAAAUAAUAAAUUACAAUUUCUGCGCAAUGAAGCAACUAAAACCGGCUCAAGAAGAGAACAUACUUGUCGUAGAUUUUAG